GCCCAGUUUGCUUCCUCCAAGUCGGGUGCCUUUCGUGCGCCUUCCAGAAGAAACUUUUCUCCUGGCCCUGCUCUCGGUGGCUUGGGGUCGGGAUUGCAGGUUUGCUGGGAUGUUGAGCCAGCCUGCAGCCCGUUCCCCGCAGGUGAUCGCGCGGCCCAGCCAGGGCCCCGGCCCAGGCAGCUCUUCCUCGGCUGUUCUGGGUCUGGUCCGCUCGUCCAGUCGUCGCCGAAAUGCCCAUUCUCCCGAGAACUCGCCAGAGACCGCUGCGGCUUUGAAACGCACACUGGAAGCCCUGAUGGACAGAGGGGCCAUCGUGAGGACCUUGGAGAACCUGGGGGAGCGAGCCCUCCCCUACAAGAUGCGCGCCCACAGCCAGCAGCACAGCAGAGGAGGGUAUUUCCUGGUGGACUUCCACGCACCCACCACCACCGUGGAGAGCAUGCUGGAGCACUUGUCUCGAGACACCGAUGUGAUCAGGCCCAACAUCGUGCGGCACCCGCUGGCGCAGGAGGAGCCAGAGUGUGCGGGGAUUGUCCCGGUGCCACUUGAAGAAAAACUGUAUUCCACCAAGAGGAGGAAGUAGAGGACCCGGACUCCGCCUCUGGAGUUCUCUCUUGAGCACCAGAGGCUCAGCGACCGGCCUGGCGGUCUGACCUUUGUAAAGUGGGCCCCGGGGGCUGGUGGUUUUCCAGGGCUGGUUGAGUCCUGCUGCCUCCGCUUUGCCACAGUGAGGGGGCGGGGGGCUGCCCAGAUUGGGCCCAUUCGUGUCAUCCUGGGUCAGUGGGGACUUUUCCCCUAAAUAAACGAACGCCACUUGCAAGAGCAGUUUGUCAGAAUUGCCCGGGACGGUGUCACCACGAAAAGUGAAGGCAUGCGGUCACGUGCCGCAGGGGCCACUUCUGACCAGAGGAAUACGUGCGGCCGAAAGCCUGGGGAGCUGUUUCGUUUCUUCUGGCACCCAAGCCUCCAGCAUUGGGUGUGUGUAUGGGGGCCCUCAGCUCCGCGCCUGGCCCCCAGCCCCAGCCCCCCUCAUCCUCUCACCCGCCCUCCUGUGCGGAGCUGGGCCUCCGCUGCGAGGGCACAGAGAGGGCCUCCGAGGGGGGCUUGGCAAGGCAGCAGGUGAGCCCCGGUUGUCAUCCCGGGCGGGGCAGGUGGGGGCAAGCGCAGGUGCGGGAGGAAGGCCGGGAGCCCCAGGGCGGCACCUCACGCUGGAGCGAAUGCAGAGCGGAGCCUGGAGCCUGGCGGUGGGGGGUGGGGGCACCCCUUGCCCUUAGGGCCGGUGAAGCAUCACAUCCUUGGGGGGGGAGCUCUGUCAUCUCCCUCAGAAAUGCAGCCUGUCUCCCCUCCUUCCCCUGCUGUGGUGUAUAUGGCACUGUUCUGCCAAAGGAUGUGGGUUUUAUUCAGUUUAUAUUGUCCGUUUUCCUCCAGGUGGACUCUAAGGCCCUUGGGUGCGAAUUUGAUCUGGCUGCUUGGAUAAACAGGGGUUUCUUUUCUUAAUUGAAGUAGCGCUGUUUUAUAUCCUGACAAGCAUCGCCGUCGGCGUUUCUCCUCUGGCUUGUUUCCGAGCAUCACAGCUUCCAGCGCAUCCGUGAUGCUACGCACCGCCGAGUGUAUCUUUACUGAUGGCGAGUCGUGCCCCACGGUGCGGAGACCACACCUUUGCCCACGCCUCUGUUGUCGGGCGCUUAGGUUGCAACACCGCAGGGCUGUCGUGAGCAGUGCGGUGGGCACAGGAGUGCAGCUUGACGAAGAGGAAUUUUCCAGGAGAAGCUGAGCCAUCUCAGGUUAAGGUGGCCAGGCCGUGACAGCCUGGGCCUCCGGGGCCCUGGGGGGGAGAACAGUUCGGUCAGAAACUGGGUGAAGAUCACUGAGGAAAACCACAAUGAAAUACCCAUCGACUUAAAAGUCACAAGCUCACAAGUGGGAGUUGGCACUGGGUAGCAAGACCAUGUAAGGAAAGCACGCCCUGUCGGCCUUUACGCAGCGUUAAGGCACCAGGGUGUUCACCCAUCUCCUAGCGUAAAAUAAAAAAUGGAACCUCCCCUAAACAAAUUGAAAAUAGGAGACUCUUGAUAUAGGUCGUGGAUGGAUUCACUUGACCAGCUUGAAGAAGCAACUGCUGAGAAAAUAGGCCCCUCCGGGUGAGAGUCCAUGGCAGUUAGACGGUACCUUGUAGUCUUUUAGACUCUUGAAAUUCUUAUGCAAAUAAAAUAUAUUUGCACCCAAAAAAGCAACCAGUUUUGCAAAGCUAAUAGUAAAAAGAAAUGACACACAGUGUGGAGGGGAAUUGGGACAACGCAGCGGGAGUUCCGCUAGCAGGUGGGCGCCUGCGUGGGGCGCCCUGAGCAGGGCUGAGGAGCAGAGAACCCCGUUCCUCCUGUGCAGUGUGCACGAGGUGGGUGCGGCGGCCCUGGAGCCGGCCAGUCCCGCCAUGGAGUCCUGCGCCCUCCGGGGCCUGACCUUGGCCCUGACCGCUGCAGCCUGGUAACCCACCCUGAGACCCAGAGUGCCCCGGAAGGCUGGUGCAAGCCUGGGUGGGCUCGAAGAGGACCCAGGGAGCCGUGGAGGCUCCACGCCUGCCCCAGGCCGGCUCCACCCGCAGGAGAGUAUCAUGCACCUUGGGGUGCAUCAUGCCUCCCCUCCCCCCGCAGGAGUUCAGGGUAACUAGCCAGUGUCCGGGCUUUUAUUUGCCUCCGGACCUCAUCUGAAUGCUGUUGGGACUCGCUCUGAGACUGGGCCUGCUGGUGGGUGUGGCGUGGGUGUGGCUGCCGGCUUCCGGCCCGUCCAGUGUCUCCUUUCUCCCCUGCGCCCUCUGUAACUUCCCGGCCACUGCAGCCUCCAGGCCCGGGCGCGAGCCCACUUGCGGGUGCCCACAGCUGCUCCCGGUGCCCACCGCCCUGCCCACGGGUCCACGCGCCCCCCUGGACCCGAGGCCGUGGGUGAGAGCCGCAUAAAAGCCUGGGCAUCACCCUGCAGGGGGCUGUAAGAUGGCGAUGGUCUAAGCUGGGACCUGGAGGAUGGGGGGGCGCUUGGGGGUGGCUGGGUGAGGUGCUGGGCGAACGCAGUUCUGUCAGAUGGCUUUAGGGGUUCCCCCCUUUCUGACCCUGUCUAGUUUUAAAGAAACAAUGACCUUGUGCUGAAGAACAUAAUUGAACUAUUUCCAGGGGAGGGUGGGGAGGACUCUGGUGCCUCGGGGGCGUGAAGCCGAGAUGAUCACACCAGAGAGGAGAAAGCCUCUCCCUUGCAGAUUACCAGUGUGAUGUGAAACAACGGUGCUACAUUAUGUCCAGUAACAACGAAGGCCAAGGGAGCGAAGCAACGGGUGAAUCUGAAGCCUGCGGUGUGUAUGGCACCGGCCUAGCCAGGGCGUUAGUGGGCGCUGUGCGAGUCUCCGAGGGUGGGGGGGGUUCUUCAUGACGCACCUCUAGGCGUGAGGAGAGACCCAAAAGAGCCCUAUUAUUUAGCUUAAAAAAUGUAAGCUGGGGGGCCCUGCCUGGUGGCUCAGCGGGUUAAAGCGCUGCACUAAGAAG